CAGGAAGCGCGCAGGACGCAGCGGGUGGUGGAGGAGCCGGACAUCUGUAGGAGCUGCCAGCGAGACUGCACGCUUACAAAACUUCUCAUCUCAUCCACGUAUGGAAAGCAAACGGACACUCACAGCCAAGACGAAGAGUCCGUCCUGUGUGUGUGUGUGUGUGUGUGUGUGUGUGUUUUAAAAUGGGUUCCCAGGAGUGCGCACAGGGCGAAGCGCACCGCACUUCUCACUGCCUGUGAACGUAAGUUUGCUUCUUUGUGUUGUAAAAUCAUUACAAUCAAAGUUGGACUGGAUGUGCGUGAGUAGUUUAUUUUUUUUUUUUUUAAAUGUGGGAACAUUCAGCGCGACCAGGCUGCAGGGCGGGAAAAAAUGUGUAAUACUCCAUGUGAUAUUCUCGAUGUUCCUGACGAAUCACUGGAGAUUUCGUUCGAUUCUAUGAGUUAAUCUUCGCACGGAUUUAAAUUCACAUAUAUAGAGAGAGGCAGGGAGGCAGGCUGGGUGACUAACAGGGCGUGUGUUCAUGUCUGUUUGUUACAUUUAACUUAAAGACUGUUUUUUCCUCACCAUUUUUUACACAGAACACGUUCACAUUAAUAUUAUUCACAUGUUUUUGUUUUUAUGUCAUGAUGAGAUUUUUUUUUAACAUUCAAGCGUUACUGAAUCUUUGUGAAACAUCACUGUUGUUUUUCCUCACCUAGAAUCUAUAAAUGUUUCCAAAAAGCCCGUCUGGGAGGUGAGAAUCUGUCUGAGAGCAGGAUGGUUUGAUAGUUUGUAUUCUUGGAAUCAGUCUAAAGCCAGUGAUGCAGCUGUGAUGCAGCUGUGAUGCAGAUGUGGGCUGUAGUAUGGUGACAGUAAACACACAGUCGGCCAUCCAGUUAUUAAAUGCACCAGGAUGCUGAGAGAGGUCGACUGAACUCUGUCUGCGCGCGUCUCCUGUUUGAGAUCCAACCAAAAGUCUCAGAUGUAAAGAUGAUUUAUUUCUACUUGUUGCAGUUUAUCGGGAAAUGUUUAUUGUUCAUUUGGGCUCUCACAACAAAUAUCAACUCUCGUGUUCCCAUUUUUAAAACUGAUUUAGAGAUCGACAUUGUUUUUAUUUGAGCUCGCCGAUUGUUUUGUCGAGGAAAUCGUUGAGUCUGCAAAUUGUCAAGAAAUUGUGAUAAAUACUCAUCACAAAAAAAAGGCGCCUUUAAAGAAACAAUAUGUAGAUUGUGAUGUGGUGCCUCCCAUGUACGUGGUUAAUACAAAUCCUGAGUCUGUCACAACUUAUAUUUACAUUUAGCAGAUGCUUUUGCCCAAAGCAACUUAAAGUAGUUCAUACAUACAUUCAUACACUGAUGGUGGGGCUGCCAUGCAAGGUGCCGACCAGCACCAGUAUCUUGCCCAAGGCCACUUCAAUAUGCAGAGCAGGGUAACUGAACCAGCGACCUUCCUAUCACAAGACGCUGGUUCUGCCCCUGAGCCACAGCCGUCUGAUAGUGAUCACGUCGUAACAAUGUUGUUUGUUGAAAGCUUGUGUCAUGAAGUAAACGUGUGUGUGAUUUGAUCCGACCCUCAGGAACAAGUGACAGCGAGGCGGAGCGGCUGAGACAGAGACGCUAUUCACUGUACCGUCAAAAUGAUUUAGAAGCUGUUCUGAAGCUGAAGGUGAAAAAGUCAAAUAAUGUUGCUUUAAAUUGCUUCUCAACAGCCCAAAAACCAAAGGACUUUUUACAUUUUUGUUGAAAAAAGACAAGGAAAAGCAGCAAAUCCUCACAUUCAGUAAGCUUAAACCAGCAAGUGUCUCAUGUCUCCACUUGAAAAAUGACUAAAAACGAACACCUAAUGAACAAAACAGCCGUUGAUUAAUUUCCUUUUUGACUUGACUAAUCAUUGAAGCUCUAGUAUUUUAACAUAAUAACAGCCUUUGUUUAUUACAACCACUACUAAAUCAAUCCUUCCUGUUGUUGUGCUGUUGUAACUCUGAACAGCACAUGACAUUUGUAAAUUGUCGUCCGUCAUCAGCAGGAUUACUACGAGCUCGAAGAAAACAUGGACUUCCAUUUCAUUUGAGGUAAUCUACUGUCUUCAUGAUCUCCAACGUCCCUCACAGUUUGUGCGCUCCAGCUUUCCACCACGCUGAGUUGGAACACCAAUGAGACUCUUCCUAUAUGCAUAUUACUUCCUCUUGAUGAGCCGCUGUAUUAUUCAUUCAUGGGAUGCGCUGAUCUUCAUGGUGGAUGAGCAGAAUGUUUCUCCCUCUGCGGGCGUCAGAAAAUGAACACCACUCUGUGUGACUCUGCGGCGGCCAUGUAUCACCUGACGACGGACCACCAGCUGAAUGCCAGCUGCAAUUACUCCACUCCCCCGUCCAACUGGACGGCGGGGGGUGGCGGCCAGCAGCUGCCCACGUUCACCACGGCCGCCAAAGUCAGAGUGGUCAUCACUUGCAUACUCUGCGGGGUGUCGGCCUUCUGCAACCUGGCUGUGCUGUGGGCGGCACACAGCGAUGGGAAGCGCAAAUCCCACGUCCGGGUGCUGAUUAUCAACCUGACGGUGGCUGAUCUGCUAGUGACCUUCAUCGUGAUGCCCGUGGACGCUGUAUGGAACAUCACAGUCCAGUGGCUCGCCGGGGACUUUGCCUGCAGGCUGCUGAUGUUUCUGAAGCUGCAGGCGAUGUACUCCUGCGCAUUCGUCACCGUGGUGAUCAGUCUGGAUAGGCAGUCGGCCAUCCUCAACCCUCUGGCUAUCAAUAAGGCCAGGAAGAGGAACAGAGUCAUGCUUACUGUGGCGUGGGGCAUGAGUGUGCUCCUGUCGGUCCCUCAGAUGUUCCUUUUUCACAACGUGACCAUCGUCCACCCCGAGGACUUCACUCAGUGCACCACACGUGGAAGUUUCGUCAGGCACUGGCACGAGACGGCCUACAACAUGUUCACCUUCUUCUGCCUGUUCCUGCUGCCGCUGGUCAUCAUGAUCACCUGCUACACCAGGAUCUUCUGUGAGAUCUCCAAACGACUGAGAAAAGACAACCUGCCCUCCAAUGAAGUGCAUUUGCGGCGUUCGAAGAAUAACAUCCCCCGAGCCCGGAUGAGAACUCUAAAAAUGAGUAUAGUGAUCGUGUCGUCCUUCAUCAUCUGCUGGACUCCGUACUACCUGCUGGGCCUGUGGUACUGGUUCUUUCCCGACGACCUGGAGGGGAAGGUCUCCCACUCGCUGACCCACAUCCUGUUCAUCUUCGGGCUCGUCAACGCCUGCCUGGAUCCGGUCAUCUACGGCCUGUUCACCAUCCACUUCCGGACGGGCCUCCGGAGGUAUUACCGCAAUGCCACCACGGCGUCUGACCUCGACAACAACACCGUUAUAACCGGAUCCUUCGUGUGUGCCGCCAAUUCUUUGCAGCUUAAAAGAGAGGUGAGCCCGGUCAGCCAGGAGAGGUUCAUGUUGUGCAGCGACAGCCACAGCAGAGAAGAGUCCACUCCGUCGAGAAGCAGCUUUUUAACAGCGGACAACGACGCAGAGAGAGAUUCUCACCAGUUCUGCUCUGACAGCAUCAUAUGAGGACAUCACAGGGCCGAGGCUCCCUGACAACCGUUACGUCCUGUGUGUGACUGUUUUAUUGGUUCAGUGUCUAACCGGGUCGUGUAUUCCUUGAAAACCACGUGUCAUUUUGGCUUACUUCAAAAAUCGUUCCACAUUUCUGUAGUCAACACAAAGCAGGUUGAAAACACAGAGCUCGAGGGAGGAGGAGGAGGGGAAGCUUCAUAAAACACAUUCGACUACACAAAGAUAACAAGCUCCUGUCAUGACGGAACGUUUGUUGCUCUGUAAACUCGUGUUCAUCUUGAAUUAAAUGUAUUCACUGUACUUUGGAGUUUUUCUAUUGUGAAUUCAUUGCUGCUGGAAAAUGUUCCCCGUGGGGAGCAGCAAAGCCGAGCAAUUUCUGUGCAGAUCUCUUGUGCCAACACAUUUCUGUGUCUGUAAUGAUGUGUAGCAGUGGGAUCCCUGGGGAUACUGCUGCUUAUAAUCAGUAACGAGUCACACAGUCGAAAUGGAAAAGGCCGUUUCUACCCUCGAAUUGUAACAAACUGAUGUGUGUUGGUGGACUUGACAAAUUACUCUCAGCUCUGUGGAAAAAAAAAAGAGUUUUUUCUUUUGUUCAGAACAAAGACGUAGACCGGUUCAGGUGCAGCAGCACUGUUAUUCCAUGAUUAGAGGAACCUUGGACGCAGAUAAGUGGGAGAUUGAAUUUUAGUGUUCUAAGUAUUGUAUCACUUAAAUUGUUGCAAGUUGUGCUUUUUUGUGUUUUACAAAACCCAUAAUGCAGCUUGAAAAAUGUAUCUCAUCUGUGCAGUUUGUAAAAAUACAACAGUAACAACA